CUGAACAGGACAGUUGUUAUUUUUUUCACGUUGCAUUUGCCGUGGAUAAACUUUGGCGUUCUCUGUGCGAUGUCUGAAGUGAUCAGAUAGUUCAUGGGAUGGUCGCUGAAGUAAAUGGAAUGUUGACCCAGAUUGAGGGACAAAUGGAUACUUUGUGAAUUGUAACAACUUUGUGACCAGCAGCGGUCUCUAGCUUUUCUGGUAAACAUAUAAUCUGGAUUACCAGUUCAGUGGCAAAGAAAUGGUUCUCGUUGCUGACCACUGUGCAUAGAGAUCUGGUGAUCUCUCUGGUGUGAACGUUCCCUUUCUCAUCUGCAAUGUCAAGGUGAUCUCCAGGUGUCUUAAUGUCAACAAACAAGAACAUUCUGUGACAUUUUUCCAGAUGGUGUCAUCUGGCAUGUGAGUCCUGUAUUUUGUGGGAAAACAUCAUGGUUCCUCAUCUGCUAUCUAUUUGGGUAAUAACCUGGUGGUGACAGGAGCGUUAUGCAAAAGGGAAUUGGCCAACCUGUGUGGAGGCAGCUCUCCCAGUCCAAAGCAGCACCACUGGAACGAUACAAGCAUGGCUGUUGCAUCUACGAGGGAUACAUGUAUCUUUAUGGUGGUCGGAGGCAAACUGGGAUGAGAGAUUUUUGGAGGUACAACAUUGCUCAGAAUGACUGGGAGGAGUUGGACAGGGCAGCUGGAACUGCACCAGAAGAGUUGGAGGAGCCCUCGUUGGUAGCCCAUGAAGGAAUGAUCUAUGUGUUUGGUGGAAUGAUGGACUCUGCAUAUACCCAAGGGAGAACACCUCUCUGGAUCUACAAUAUUGAUGGUGAGAGAUGGACUUGGUGGCACCAGACAUUUUCAAGUGAAGUCAUGAAACAAGUGCCCAAAAAUAGGAAGGGCCACACUGCUGUGGUGUUUGAGGCUCAAAUGUAUGUAUAUGGCGGUUAUGUUGAUAUAAAGGGGCCCUCACAGGAGUUCUGGAGCUUCAGCUUUGUUGCCAAAGAUUGGUGCCCGGUGUUUACUCCUUGUGGGGACGUAGGUCCGGGACCUCGGUACAGUCACUCUGCAGCUGUCUACAAGAGAGGAAUGUACUUGUUUGGUGGACUGGUUGGCCUUGUCGAACAGAAUGACUUUUGGAAGUGGGACUUCAGCAGUUGCAUAUGGUCCAGGAUCAGAGCACGGUCUGGACCUCACCAGUUAGUGGGUCAUUCAGCUGUCGUAUACCAGGACAACAUGUUAAUCUUUGGUGGAGGAAGGAACCACAACAGCUCGGACAACAGCCUGUGGAAAUUCCAGUUGAAAACACAGACCUGGGAGAGAUUAAACCCAGCAACAGACACAAGCCCGCCUUCAAAAAUCUAUCAUUGUACAGUCGGAGUUGGUCCUAGCUUUCAGGAGAAACCUGUUGAUGAAAUCUCCUGCACAGCAUCGACCCCAAGCUUCAUCCGCCCGGAUAGUAGCAUCAGCUUGCACAAUGCAUACAAUGGGGAGCGCCUGGCUGCCCUAAAAGGAGCCUGCUGCUUGAAUUUUUCCACACAGGCACCCAGUUACUGCAGCCCAACACCAGUCAAGGUCAGGGGAAAAAACAUUUAUUCGAACAUAGAGAUGAAAACAUUUAGUAUGCGGUCUUCUGAAAGCAGUGAAAACCUUCUGAGUCUGGCUGCACCCGAACCUACUGAUCCUGAGGGUGAGUGGUGUUCAAAUAAUGGGCCCUGCUUUCCAAUUCAGCCGAAGGAGCUGCCUCCUACAGAUGGCAGUACCCUGGAGUAUCGCGAAGACAGUGCUCUGGGAGAAUCCGGGACACCUUGCCUUGACCAAGGUGAUGUAACACUCCAUCCGAGCAAAAGCCUCCCAGAAGUCCUCUUGAUUGUAGGUGGAAAGCCAUUAUCUGAGAAUGGCUGCAUUUCAUUAUGGCAGAUGAAGCUUUGUGAAAUGUUUUUAAAGUGCUAGUUCUUUUAAAAAAAAACUUGCAAGUUACCCUAUUAUUGUUUUCAUCAACAGAUUAAUUAACGUUUUUGUUUCAGGGCACACUUAGUCAUCGAGAGGUGUAACAUUGAGAGCUUUAUUUGUACGUUUUUGCCAUUGUGGUGAUUUAGUAAUUCAGAACAAACAUUUUCUAAAGAGUUGUUAUAUUUUUAUAGAUUUUAUAUAGAAUUUGACUCUUAUAAGCUAGAAUGUGCAAACUGACAAAUUUGCGCAUUUUUUAUCAAACUUUGUAUGUAUCAGAACAAUUCCUGAUAUGAAUCUGACAAAUAUGCAGAAUGUGUUUGUAGAUUUUGACAUGCCACAGUGUGGAAGGUGCGCCCAUUAAAUACUCACAAUGGUCUUCCAUUUAUACUGAGCACCGAUGGUUAGAAUUGGGAAUUCCUGUAUGUUUGCAUAAAACACCUGACUGAUGUUGAAGCUGUGAUUAAGAUUAUUUUAGUGGAAUUGCGCAAGCUGUGGUCAAUUUAAAAUAAAAGGUUUGCCAAGAAGUCUUGCUUGUAAAAUAUGGCAAGGUUCUUUGGCAUUCUAAGUAACACUGCACAGAGCCAGAGUGGCUAUGGAGGGACAUCGUGGUUAGGAGCAGGCUUUCUACUUCUUGGCAAUUGUUCCAUCUGCUAUUCUUAAUGCCAGGAUUUUUGCUGGGCUGGUGAAUAAUAGAUUUCACUUUCUGUUUCCUCCCUCUUCAUUUUCUGACUUCCACUUCCAGAUGUCAACUGCUUUGCUUCGAGCCCGGCAUUCUUCCAAAGCAAUGUCUUGCAUUACCAUUUAUCUUGUCCAUCUGCACAAGAAGAUUCUACACUUGGUACAGAUGCUUAAUUUCAGGUGCUUUGCUCCCCUUGGUAGUGAGAAGCCACCGAGUGUUCCUAAUUUUGAUUUACUGUUCUGUCGUUGGAUGAUCUCAAGCAGGCAAAGCCAUAAUUUGUUGCUCAUUCCUAAUUGUCAUGGAGAACAUAGCAGAGAGCCAUUGUCUUAAACCAGGUGCAGACCACAACCACAGCGCAAUUAGGGAAAAGUCCUAUUACCAAGUCCUACUGUGCAACAUUCAUCUAACUCUUCAAUCUCCAAAGAAAAUACUCAUUCACCCAGCCUAAAUGCUGUGGUAACUGAGGCUGCUAAGCUAGGACGAGUACACUGUCCUUCUAGCAAGAUGAAAUAAAACAAAACCUGAGUUAUAGUGGAAGCUACUUCAGAAGGUGCAACAGAGAUUUGGUUAUCCCACUGCUUCCUCAGAGGAGCUUCAAUGAUGAGAGAAAAUAUAGAGCAAAAUUCAAAAUGUAAAAGCAGACAGUGCUGAAAAUGCAGGCAGCGUUUGAAAGGAGAAAGGAGGUUAACUUUUUUUUUAAACAAGAUCCUUUGCCUGAGUUCUGGUAAAUACUGGUAGUUGAAUGUUCAAAACCAGCUUGUAAACAUCAAGGUAGGGACUUUUAAUGGUCUUGGGUGGCUGACGUGGAUGCUUGAUUUGGGCUCAAGGACCACCUCGCAAUAAGAUAAAGUAACAAACGACAUCACUAAAGAAUUCAUAUUAAUUUAGCUAACAUUUGUUUAUUUUAAAAUGUUACAAGCUAUAUAUGUGUACAUAUAUUUAUUUAUUUCACUCCAUAAUUAUCCAAUAUAUAACCAUUUUAGGUGUAUUAUUUCAUCUUCUAAUCUUCAUUCACAUUUAUACACUUAAAAUCAUUAACAUCAUCACGAUUAUUCUUUGGGCCUUGAAAUUUUUGUGCCGUAAUUGCUGAAAAGCUAGAGUCGGUUUUUACGUGAGGUCCAUGAAAAGUGAUGGGUUUCAAGCCUUAAGUCAAGAAGUUGAUGUUUACAUGAUUAUUUACAGUAAUAUGGAUCAUCAGAAGUUUGGUUGUUUUGUUGUUGCCCAUGAUAAUACUUGUACCGUUAAAAGCAGAUAAAAAACGUGUAGCAAUGAGUUAAACAGUUGAUGCAUUUUAACUCGUACUGGAAAAACUUGCAUACUGCAGACUGCUUUCUGUAAUUAUUUUUAAAACCAUUGUGCCAGUGUACUAAGUGUAUUAGUUUUUGUUGUUGAAACCUUUAAAGGUGUCAUUGAACGUGGUGUAAUUCGCUGUUAAGCCGCAGUGCUACAACUGUGGUUAGUGUCUUUGGGAACUGGGCCUCCCCACUGAUGGAGAGUCAAGAUGAAAUGGUGAUCACAAACAGGGAAAGUAGAGUCAGUAAAAGUAACGAGUUGCUUCACUGAGAACUAUCUUUUAAUCACCAGCUUUAAGAUUGCAGUGGGUUGUUGUGUGUUGAGUGGGUUGAUUGGCAAUGCUGGGUCUCUUAACAAGGAAUGGGGGAAAUCUGAGGAACUUCAAAUAAGUUACAAGAGAUUGUAUCUAUGGGGGAAUAGGGGAAUGUAUCUAUGAUACAGUGAUCAUAAGCGGACUCUGGAAAUUGAUCUAAAGGGGCUGGAGGGUUUUUCUCACUUCCCAUCGUUGUUUAUGUGGAGUGGGAUGGAGCACAAUACCAACCAUUGGAUUUUGAGUUGGCAAGUUGGGACAGUAAUAGACUUGUCACCCACUGCAUUAGAGUGGUUGGGCACGUUUAUGGUGCAACUGGCAAAUUGUUCUCACACCGUUAGAAAUCCCUCAUAAGGCAGAAGCUUAACCAAACAAUCCUGAAGACAAACAGAGCUAAAAUUAUCAUCUUUAACUCAUUGCCUGGAUUUUUUUAAAUGCAUGGUUCAUUUUUAAAAGUAUUAUUUUGAAUGUGGUGUCUAAGCCCCUCUGGAUGUUUUAGAGACAGUAAAAUAGAAAAAAAACUAAAGUGGCAUGGGAGUGGAAGACAACUAGAACCAAACUACAAUUAAUGUGCUGUCCAUUAUAAUUAGGUGUUAAGUCACAUGUGCAUUGUUUAUUUAUGGUCACUUAUUCUUAAAAUCAGUGUUGUUUUCAGUCCCAUCAGAAUCCUGUGACCUAUGAGGGUGCUGUAUGUAUUCAGUACACACAAUGGAGGCAUCUAUUGAUCACCCCCCAGCCCCUGCAAAUGGCUAGGGCACCGUUGUAGCUCCAGUAUCCAGCCAAACUGUAGCAGGUGCUUGAAUGGUGGCCCAGACCUGUCCAAAUGCCUGUCAGCGGGAUUUGGAUCUGCCAUGAUUCUGUAAUGGAUGUGGUAGACGUGGAAAUGCCAGCUGGAAAGGUGCGAGAGGUAGACCAGAUCUCAGUCUUGUAGUUUAUUGUAAAUAACCAAUUGAGUUACAUGCACCAUCACUUUCUGACCUGCCCCACUAUGGGAGGGGCACACCCUCUGCCUCCAGUCUUAUAGCACCAACCAUUUCGACUCCUCUUAGCAACUAAACUUUUUAAUGUUUCUAGUGCCUUUGGCUAAAACCAUUUAAAUUCAAACCAUUAUUGGCCUUUGCACCUUCUUUUUAUAAAAAGUACUUUGGACAUCAUUCACUUAGUAAAUUGUUUCACAACAAAGGAGGGAAGAAAUUUGUUGUAGCCUAAAACCAUCACUAAAUGUUGAGAGUCCUCAUCACACCUAGAAAGUUGGCAUACAUUGAAAUCCUCUAUGCAUGUGUGGUUGGAAAGAGGUGAGAUGGAGAGUGUGCAAAGGUGUUGAUCGGAUCCUAAGAAUGUAGGAUGAGGAGUAGGCCAUUCAGCCCCUGAAGCCUGUUCUGCCAUUUAAUGAGAUCAAGGCUGAUCUGUGACCUAACUCCAUAUACCUGCCUUUGACCCAUAUCCCUUACUCCCUUAACAAAAAUAUGUCUAUCUCAGAUUUAAAUUUAACAGGUGAUCUAGCACCCACUGCCAUUUGUGGAAGAGAAUUCCAAACCUCUACCACCCUUUGUAUGUAGAAGGGCUUCUUAACAUCACUCCUGAAUGGUCUGACCUUAAUUCUCAGACUAUGCCCCCUAGUUCUAGAAUUCCCAACAAAUGGAAAUAGUUUAUCUUUAUCUACCUUGUCUUUUCCUGUUAAUACCUUGAAUACUUUGAUCAGAUUCUCUCAAAAUCCAGCCUAAUUUGUAUAAUCUCUCCUCAAACUUAACCCCUGACAUCCAAGCAUUAUCCUUGUAAAUCUAUGUAUACUCCUUCCAAGAUCAAUAUAUCCUUCCUCAGGUGUGGUGUCCACAUAUGCUCAGAGUAACGACAAACAAUGUGAAAUGAGUAGUGUGCAGUUGGGAUAUGAGUGGAGUUAAUGACACAGAGUUUGUGUUUAACCAGAAUCGGUCACGUGUCAUCUGGGAUACUGCUGUUUAUUAACGAUGUGCCUGAGGUAUUAUCAGGAGUUAGUUAUGUGGAGUCAGAGCUGUUACUGAGAGUAGUGACCCGGUUUAACUGGUAUUAAUUAAUUAGAUUCUGGGUGUUGUUUAUGUGCAGUCACAUAUUACUGAGAAUAGUGACUGAAUGCCGAGGAUAUUAAUGAUAUGGAGUUUGGGUAUUAGAGGUUAGUUACAUGGUGUCAGGAAUAUUACUGACAGUGACUGGGAUUAGAGGAAAUAUGGUGGGUUAGAGACAUAUAGUCUUAAGUAUUACUAAUGAUUGUGAUUAUAAAAUACAAGCUAUCAGAAAUAGAAUUUUAUAUUGCAAAAGUUUAUAUACGGAUUGCAUAUUUAAAAUUUACAUAGAUAACAUUUCUAAUGUUAAAUCCAAUGUAUUUGUCAAUCUCAAGUGCUUGUAAAAGUAGAGAUGGAUGGACUGAAGGUAGUCUCCAGUGUUCUGCCAAGAUAUUAGUUUACAGGCCAGGUGAUGUGAAAAUGACAAAGUUAUUGCACUAUUAACUUUAAAGUCUCAGUGAAUUGAGGUUUCUUUUAUACUUUUUUAGCCUCAUAAGUUCUUCUUGGAAGCAAUUUUCCUAUUUUUAAUCUUACAGUACAUACAGCAGGAUCUAAAUAGUUGGAGUGCAAUAACGGGCUGGUAUGCCAUAUUGCCUUUGUUGAGACUCCUCAGUCUCUUGCCACACUAACCAUAUCCAAUAGAACUCAGGUUAUGCUUUUAGUACAUCAUUCAUUCCGGAGCCUGAGAUUAUUGGCUCUCUGAAAGAGAUAUCAAUUUCAUGUUUUACCUCAUCUUUUCCUUUGAUUAAAUAUAAGUAUAUAUCCGAUUCCUUCCUGAGUUGAAUCUGCGUCCACCAGACCUCAGAAAACUAGCCAAAGUGUCAAACCAGGCACGUGAUCCUGAGCCAGGUGACAGGGGCAAUGAUGUACUGAAUGGGUUGCUGUGUGUAGGAGUUUAGACUGGAUCCACUGCAGUGCAAUUUACUGAUUUAGCUAAUGAGUUGGAAAGGUUGGCUGCAGACUGUUAUCAACGUUACUGUGUGGAAUAAUUGCUGUAAGUCUGGUUGAGAAAAAAAGUCUAUCUUCUUACUGUGUACUACUGCACAAUCCAGCAGUUUGGAUUGUGGAAGUUAUUGCGCAUUUACAUCAUUUGUACAAGGCCCAUGUCAGGUUGGAGGUUUCCUACAAUACGCUGACUGUGCAUUACAGUCUGCUGCUGUCAUUGGGAAUCCUUGAGCUCUGCUUUCAGAAUUCCAUGGUUCGAUAGUCUUUGCAUCUACAUCUGUGGCAUGAACCCAGGAACCACAGUUUCUUUGUUAUGUCACAAAGGGAGGAGAGAGAAUUUGAACGAACAAGCCUGUGUUAGCACAGGAGUGUUUAGAUUGACUAAUAGCAGAAACGCCAGUUUAUAAUCAGUGUUCUAGAAUGAGACUAUUGCACUUUUUAAAAAAAAAUUCAUUCAUGGGAUAUGCACGCCACUAGGCCAGCAUUUAUUAGGCAGCCUUAAGUGUGGUGCAAAUAAAACCAAUAUAAAUUUCUACAGGUUAUUUAUUGUGCACAAUGAUGCUGGUUCACUAAUGUAUCAAAUAUUGCUUACUUAGUGGAAUAAUCCAUUUCUUUCCAUUAGUUUUACACAAAAGGCAGAGGCUAGUUGAUAGUUAAACUUGUCUAACUUAUUUUUGAAAUUUAAGUGAUGCCUCAUGUCAAACAAAAGCUAUAACGUGAGCAUUCAGCUCUGGAAUUAAAACAACGAAAGUGUGUGUGUGUGUGUGUGUGUGUGUGUGUGGUUUUACUUUAGAUAUGUACGAUGCAAAUGUUUACCAAACAAGUCAGAAAACAAAAUAAAUGCAGUGAUAAAAGCAGCUGUUGCUCACACUGAAGCGUUGGAUUUGAAGCUUUACAGUAGAAUGCUGUUUGUUUGUAUUUUACAUCUUUACCCACUUGUGGAAUGUUUAUCAUAAAUAAGCAG